AUGUUAGGCGGCGUUACCAUGGACCGUGGCAGCGCGACAAUGCUUCGGUCUACGCCGCAACUACCCAGCCACGGCCAGCCAUGGGGCCCCGUCAGGGAUCCGACGACGGCAGACUACAACACUGACAGCGACAUUGCGUGGUCGCCUGCGAAGAAGCUGAUGAAACUCAUGACCCGUCGGCGUUCCGAAGAGGACGCCGACGGAGAAAAGGCGUGCCUUACCAAUAGGCGAGUCGGCACCGGCGAGCUUUCGUCACCGGCCCCACUGGGCCUGACGACACCAUCUGGAGGGGACAAGUGUAGCCACAAGCUUUCGCAACGCACACUGAUACAAUUCGUUGUCAUGGACGUGCCGCUGGAGCCUGAGAAGUAG